AACAACCUUCUGUUGAAACGCACGUGUUGGAAUCGGGUUAUUUGACACUCGUAUUUUGCGUAAAAAUAAUUUUUAAUAACUUUUUUUCAAUAAACAGUAAGAAAAUUGAUUCUCAAGAUCAAACGUGAGGUUUUUAAAAGAUGCCAGCGGAAGUUGUUGCCAAAGGCAGCAUUUUAGGCAAAUAUGUACCCGCCCGGUGCGUAAUGGCCGUCUUGGGAUCUAUUGGGAUGGCCAUCGUCUCUUGCCAUCGUGUGAAUCUCAACGUGGCAAUGGAUGCCAUGGUAAACCAUACAGCAAUAUAUGAAAUACCAUUAUAUACAGAUUAUUUGAAAACUUUGAGUAAUUCGACAAUCUUAAAUCUCAGGAAAGAUGGACCAUUCGAUUGGGACCCAACCCUUCAGGGCACCCUGCUGACUUGCUACUUCUGGGGCUUUCUCGUUCAGAUUCCACUGGCGCACAUCGCUGAGAACUUCUCCGCCAAGUGGCUGAUGUUUUUCUCCGUGGCAGUCAAUGUGGUCUGCAGCCUGCUAACUCCGGUAUUAACUAAAUUGCAUACCGGCUGCCUUAUUCUACUGCGAGUUCUGCAGGGAGUUGGCGGAGGGGCCUCUUUCCCGGCUAUGCACGUCAUGAUUGCCUCCUGGGCACCACCCAAAGAACGCACGGCCAUGUCCACCAUCGUCUAUGUAGGCACAUUCGUCGGCACAGCUCUAUCCAUCCUGAUAGGCGAGUUUGUUUUAGAGCGAUGGGGUUGGGAAUCAGUUUUCUACGUGACGGGUGCUUUCUUCUACAUUUGGAUAGGUCUUUGGCUAAUUCUCAUUCAGGAUAAUCCCAACAAGCAGCGAUUCAUCAGUCCCGAGGAGCGACAGAUGAUCAACAGGUCUCUGGGCACUGAAGUAAACGAAGACCACCACCCGGCUGUGCCAUGGAAGAAGGUCUUUAAGUCCAGUCCAUUCUGGGCCAUUCUGAUUGCUCACACUUGCAGCAACUUUGGCUGGCAUAUGUUCCUUGUCGAAAUUCCGUUCUACAUAAAGUACAUCCUCAAGUUCAAUGUGGACCGCAAUGCGACCAUAAGUGCUACGUUAUACUCCAACAUGAUUAUCUUUUUGAUUAGCCUUGGAAUAAUACUACACUGCCUUCAAAUAAAGGGCAAGAUUAGCGCCACCGGUGCCCGAAAAAUAGCUACAUCUGUUAGCUCCUUAGUUCCUGGAGCUUGUCUAAUCAUUCUCUGCUUUAUUGGAUGCCAACAAGACGAGGCUGUAGCCGUAAUGACGGUGGGAAUUUUGGCCAUGACCGCCAAGAUUCCGGGUUUCCUGACCAAUCACAUAGACAUUGCCCCCAAAUACGCCGGAAAUCUAGUGGCAUUGACUAACACUGUGGCAAUUCUUCCUGGCAUUGUGGUACCAAUCUUUGUGGCGCUUAUUACCGACGGAUAUAAGAGCAUUGGAGGUUGGCACAUCAUUUUUGGGGUAACCAUAUUUUUGUUCGCCGUCGAAUUCGUGGUAUUUGUGAAGUUCGGUUCAGGAAAGGAACAGUCCUGGAAUAAGACACCUGAAGAAAACGAAGAUGAACAGAUUCCGCUUGGGAAAAUAAAUAAUUUUAAGUCCUUGUUACGAUAACUUUAUAAUUAUUGCAAAUAAGUGUUACGAAUGACUUAUGCAGUGCCUUUUGAACAAGAUUGU